AUGGCCAUCAUCAAAGACGGCGAGCUUGCAGCAAAGCACGUCUGGGGUUAUGCCAAUAUCGAUACAAGAGAACCAAUCACGCCUCAGACCAUAUUUCCUAUCUGUUCGAUCUCUAAACAAAUGGUCUGCCUAGUGCUCACAGAGCUGAUAACAGAACGCGGCGCGCAAUUCGAACAAGCAGUCUUACAGACUGUACGUGAGAUGUUGCCAGAUUCCAUAAGCACUAAUGAAGAUCUUACACUUGAACGUCUGGUCGGCAUGCAAUCUGGUCUACGUGACUACUGGAUACUGUCAGUGCUCUGGGGUGCGAGACCGCAAGAUCGCUUUUCGAUUUAUCAAGAUGCUCCAGAAGCACUCAAACGGCUUGGUAGUUUUCAUUUCGCCCCGGGCACGCAGUUUUCCUAUUCGAAUACGAAUUUCAUGGUCGUUGGUCUAGCUAUAGAGAAAGUGACGGGCCAAACACUGAACGAUCUGCUUCAGUCAUUACUGUUCAAACCUGCUGGAAUGAAAAGUGCCGGACUUCGCGCGGACAUGGCCCGCAUUCCAUCGCCUAUUGUAGGCUAUGAGGGUAGCGAGGAGACAGGCUAUAUUCCGUACACGAAUCGGAUCGAAUGGGCUGGAGAUGCGGGUGUGUCGGCAAGCCUUGAUGAUAUGAUAGCCUACGAGAAGUAUAUCCAUCGUUCUUCGACUGAUGAAAAUAGUGCGUACUUCAAAAUUGCCACAGAUCCGACGUAUAUCGAUGGUUCAUCUGCUCACUACAGCAAUGGCCUCUUCCACCGCGAAGUAGAGGGAGUCAAAGUGGUAGAACAUAGUGGUGGUCUGGCUGGUUUCCGAUUGCGCCGUUCAUAUAUGCCUAGCGAGCGAACAUCUGUCAUCGUCCUGCUCAACAGCCACAUCGAUACGACCGUUGUCGCAAGCUAUACUUUCAAGAAGAUUCUCAAGGACACGCCGUCAAUCGAGAAGCUCCAGGUUGCAAACGAUAAGCCUGCAGAAACAAGAGUAGAAGUGAAGUGGACCAGCAGCUACCUGGACGAAGGGACCAAGCUUGCAGUAGUAGUGAAGCAGGACAAACCAGGCCAAGUCAUAGUCAACUACGACGGUCACCACGAGACCCUUGAAAUAUUGAACGAGAAUGAAGCAAAAGGAAAUUUCAUGCAAGUUCGCUUCGGUAGUAAUGGUCUAUCAGUCGUUCGACCAUUCGAGAAUCGCAGGUUUACUGCUCGACCACUUAGGGCAGUACCAGCAUCCACUGAUGCUCAAGAGUUUGUGGGCAGGUAUUAUAGCAAAGAGAUCGACUCGACACUCCUUGUUAGUGGUAGUGGCGCUAUGCUGUACGGUGCUUUCGAUGGCUAUCUGGGGAAAGGGCCGAUGCAUGUGAUGCAACGUCUUGGUGAGGACGUGUGGUGGCUUGCUUGUUUCAGAAGUCUUGAUGCGCCUGUACCGGGAUAUUGGACAGUCGCUUUUGAUGGCCGCCGUUUCGAGGGCUUUAGUAAGGUGACAGUCGGUUGUAUGGGUGCGAGAGACAUAGCGUAUCAACGGGUGAGUUGA